GAGAUAUGAUACGUGCGAUGGCGAUGUGUGAAUUCUAUCGUUUUAUGAUAUUUUCUGAGUUUCAAUAAUAAUUACGGGUAAAUAUAACAGAUGUGAAUGGUUAACAAACUAGCAGUAGUGUCUGUAUGCGAAAUAAUCACUGGGCGAAGAGGGGUUUGUGUUCCUGAGCGUAUUUAGAUUGACAACGCGAGGUGAUGGACGAUAACUCAGAGGCGCACAUGGACACCGGCGUGUCGUCCACUACUGAGGACAUCCAGGAGGUGCAGGAAGUAACCGGCUCGCAUCGCAAUGUCGAGACCGUCAUCACGGUGGAGUCCGUCAAGGAAGAAGACAUGAAUCCUAACAGAAACAGGCCAGUAUAUGAAGCCAAAAGUACUGACAAGGGUGUCUCCAACCAACCUGUGCCUAAUACCUCACAUCCAGAGGUCACAAUCAGAAGGAUAACUAUAAAAUCUCCGCUUAAAGAUGUAAAGAUAACAAAGACCAUUCAAAAGUCUCCUCUAAAGUCUGAGGACAUUCAGACUCCACCUGUAAAGGUUGCAAGUAAAGAUGCAUCAUCAAAUAAAACUUCACAACCUGUUACUGAGAAACCCGAGAAUCCUGUGGAUUCUACAAGCAAAACAGAAACUGACAAAUCCCCAAGCAAGCACAGUGAUAAAAAUACUCAAAAUAAUUCUGUUAAUAGUUCUGAAGUACAAAAACUUGUGCAGAACUCUCCAAUUAAAGAUCCUCAGUUACAGGAAUCUACAUUAACAAAGAAAACUGAAGCUAAACAAUCUCCAGUAAAAGAUCAACAGGUUCCCCCUAAGGAGCAGGUUGCCAAUGUGAUUGUGCUCAAGGAACAACCAACUAAAUCCUCUUCUGUGAAGGAACAAGUUGCUAAGACCUCACCUUCCAAGGAGCAGCCAAGUAAAUCCAUUCCAGUAAAAGAAUCUCCAUCGAAAACAAAUUUACCUAAAGAGCUACCAAAUAAGACAAUUACAAUCAAGGAACUACCAUCGAAAGUCACUCCAGCUAAAGAAAUUCUGACUAAACCCACUGUAAUCAAGGAGCAGAUGGUUAAAACACCGACUACUAAAGAAUCACCACCUAAAAUACAAAGUACACCAUUAGAUGCAGAAAAACCCAUAGAUAAUAGCAUUAAAAUGGAGGACACUCUUUUACAAGGCAACAAAAGUAAAACAAUCUCCUUAAUUGAAGAAGCUUCAAAUGACUCACAAGUAGAAACUAGUUCUGAUGUAUCUGAGAAGGAACACAAGAACAUCAGUAGAGAAUUGAGGUCUCUCAUCAACUCUGCUAAAGAAUCUAAAAUUAUCAGUGAGUGUACACAGCUUACAAGUAAGACUAGGAAGUCUAGGACCCCAUUAGACACUUCUAACACAAGUUUAAAUGCAUCUGUAGAAGCUGAUAAAAUACAGGGAGUAAGACGAGGUAGUGACAACUCCCAGAAAAGUAACAGCAGUGAAAAAUCUGACAAGACUGUGGCGAAGAGGUCUAUGCGGUCCCAGAACCCGGAGUUUGUGUCUAAAGUGAAGAGUUUCCUGAAUUCUGUCUCUGGUAAAGUACAAAAGGUGGAAAAUCAGACUGGAGGGGAGCUAUCAGAUGCUGAAGCUGACAGUAAUUUAAAGGAUACAGAGAAAGAACUGGCACCCAGUAGUGCUAAGAAAAGGAAGACUGACAUAGAAAAUGAAGAUGUGGCAGACAAAGAUAAGAAGCUACGAAUAGAUCCAUACUGCUGGCGGUGUCACUGGGCAGUGGAACCAUCAGGCAACGAAAAGGUGCACCCUCCUUUGCAGUGCUCAGUGUGUCCACGUUCGUUCCAUUAUAAAUGCCUCUCAGGCUCAGAACGGAACAGAAUACAUUCAGAAAAGAAUUGGGUAUGCCCUGAGUGCAUGAUGAUACUGCAGGCAGAAAGCUCGGAGACUAGAUCGCCGGCCAUGAAAAAGAUAUCCCUUGGGAUGCUGUGCGACCUGCUCCGACACGCACUAGACCGGAUGAUGGAAGUCAAUGGGGUGGAGCCAUUCGUGCACCCAGUGGACCGGACCUCCUUCCCGGACUACGACAAGUACGUGGUCCACCCUAUGGACCUCACACAAAUGAGGGCCCAGAUCAACGAGGGCCUCUACGGCAGUACGGAGGCGUUCGUCGCCGACGCGCAGUGGAUCCUGCACAACAGCAUCAUAUUCAACACAUGUGAGAAUUUGCAAGCGAAGUUGACUGGCGGGGCGCGCGCUCUGGUGAGGUCAUGUCGCGCGGAGAUGGGCGAGAUCGAGGCGUGUCCCGAGUGCUACGCCGCCGCGCAUGCGCGCCGCCCCACCUGGUUCACCGACGUGUGUUCCACACCACACGUCCUGCUCUGGGCGAAACUCAAAGGGUUCCCCUACUGGCCAGCCAAGGGCAUGUCCGUGGGCAGCGCGGGGCUGGUGGACGUGCGGUUCUUCGGAGCGCACGACCGCGCCUGGGUGCCCGCCAGAGAUUGCUUUCUCUACUCCGAGAAGGACCCCAACAACUUCCGCAGCAAACGCCAGGAUAUCUUAGAUAGCAUGCAGGAAGCCGAACAACACAUCCGUAACAUAUCCCGCAAGUACGGGAAGUUCGUGUAUCCACCGUUCAAAACACAAUUCGAUCCAACAAAGUUAAAUGAACAACUCAAAAUGAUGAUACCAUCAUUUGAGGGCGAAGUGAGAUCUCCAGUGAAGGACAAGCCUGGGAACUCACCGAGCAUGGACAAAAACAAGAGCAGGUCCAACUCUAAAAGCUCUAAGGAAUCUGGUAACGAUGGGCAAACAAGCGAGGGUGAAGAUCAAGUGCCGUCUCGUAAGAUGGCGGACGGUGCCGUCAUUGCCCGUGAAGAGGAUGACUUCUCACUCGACAAGAGCAAGGACAAAGCAAUGGAAGUAGAUACACCUCAAAGUAAAGAAAAUGAGACGUCGAGAAAGCGACGGCGCUCGGAAUUAGAAGAAGCUGUAAUCACCAUAAUAGAUAGCACCAGAGAAAAACGAAAACGGCUUGAAAGGCAAACAGACGAGAAGAAAAAAGAAAGAGAUUCUAAAGAUGAGAAACAAAAAUUAUCAAUUAAAGAAGAAGCUAAAUCAAAAGAACCCACGGCAAUAUCGGUGGAGAGUCAACCGUCCACCAGCGUGGCCGAAAAGAAAAGUAGUCCUAAAGUAACGCCAAUAAGGGUUAUAUCGAUAGCGAAAGUAAUGAGAAAUGCUAAAAUAAGCCCCAAACCCAACCUAGUCAAAGACGAUGAGAAGCCGCCGUCGAAACAGAAAGCUAAUAAAGUAGAGAAAUCCGUUUCCACCGAAAAGGAGAAAGGCACACGGCACGAAGAUAAGAAAUCUCAGAAGCGUAGAAAUUCUAAAAAUAAAUCCUUGAAUAGCAGUAAUGUAGGAAAGACUGAUAAGGUUGCGGAGAAAAAGGCCGAUAAAACCAAUGAAACACCUAGCAAAGACAAGGCAAAAGAAACUAGCACUGCAAGUAAAAGCAGUGAGCCUGAUGCAGACAAAUCAAACACUAGCAGCUUAGACAGUAGCAAAAGUUCGAAGGACCGGCAAAAAUUUGACGAUAACACAAGCUUAGCAGUGAUCGCGAGAGGAGCAGCCAACAACGGAAGCAGCGGGGCAGGUCUACCUACUAUCAGCAGUGUUCGAAGUCUCUCAGCGACAGCGCAGAGCAGUCCAAAUGCAGCAAAAUCAACAGAAACAGUUGUAGAAGCGACGUCCGACUCAAGUAUUUUCACACCUACUAGUACCGAUAACGUAAGGAAUAUGAAGGAAGCGGUAAACAAACUGCAGAAGUUGAAGGGAGGGAACGAGGUGUCCGUCGGGAGGGUCGGCGUGAGAGCGUUCGCGAGGAUGACGUCACCGCCCGAGAAGGAAUUGAGGGAGAACAACGACGUGGAGGUGGAGAUCAAGGCCGAGCCGAUCGACUACGAGGACACGGAGCGACAGAUGCAGGAGAAGAUGGAUCUGAUGAACGCGUUCAAGCUGAGGCCGGUGAAUCCGCCGGCGGGAAAUGUUAAUCUACGGGAAGUAAGGAUAAACAAGGUGGUGGUGACGCCGAUGGCGCGGAACCAGAAAGCGGCGCCGCAGCCGCCAGCGGUGCGGCCGCGGGCCAAGAAGACGUUCCCGCAGCCGAAGAAGCCGGAGGAGGGCCGCUCGGAGCUGACGAGCAAGAACUCCAUGGUGUACAUCCCCAUCCAGCCGCCCGCCACGCAGGCGCCGCCGCGCGCCGCCCGCCCCGCCGCCGCGCCCGCCGCGUCUGCCGCGCCUGCCGCCAAGGCCGCCAGCCACACGCCGCUCACUAACACCAGCACAGCGAACGCGACAAGCUCCAGCAACACGGCGCUGGUCCCGUCGGCGUCGUUCCCGUCGAGCGCGGGGGGGCCGAUAGGGCCGUCAGGAGCGACGGGCCAGGGCGUCCAGGGCGUGCCCACCACCGUGCACACCAUGCCACUCAUCACCUCCGUCAACGGACAGUGGACGUUCAGUCUGCAGCCUGUGCUCUCUGUUGGCGGCGUAGAUGGCGCGCCGUCUCCACCCAUGGUGAAUGGACUAGCCGACCGAUCGCCGAUUCUGCCAAUAGCUGGGUCCAAUACCAGCCAGCUUGUCCCUGUGCCUGUGUCCGCAGCAAGUGGAGGACAUACACCGCAUAGAGCAAGUAGUGAGACCAGCACGCCGAGAGAGCCGCCGCGCCUGCAGCAGCGGCCGGCGCUGGUGCACCCGCUGGACCCGGCCGCGCCGCUGGGCAAUGUGCCCGCGCCCUCCACCGUGGGCCCGCUCACUGCCAAACUCAACCAGAACGCCGUCAAAAUAGCAGAUUUCUUCCGAACGCUGUUAGAAGACUCGCUGGAGAAGCUGGACGAGCCGGCCGCACACCUGACAGCGCUCAAGAUGAAGCUGGAGCAGGUCAAGUGGCAGCACCAGCAGGAGAUCAACGAGAUCAAACACAACCACGAGCUGGAAACAGCGGAGAUGCGGUCGUCGUUUGAGAAGGAGAAGCUGCGACUAGUGGCCGAGAUCCGACGACAGUCGCAGCUCGAAUUGGACGCCGCUGUCAAAUUCGCCAAGACCAAGCAGUGGUGCGCGAACUGCAGCCAAGAAGCGCAGUUCUACUGCUGUUGGAACACGUCGUACUGCGACUACCCGUGCCAGCGCGCGCACUGGGCGCAGCACUACGCCGUGUGCACGCAGCAACGCAGCGACGACGGAGACGACGCGCGGCUGCAGCCGCCGCCUGAUAGCCUGCCUAAAACCACGGCUGCGCCGAACCUGACAGCGGGCAAGUUGGCACCGUCGAGAAUUUACACGCAAGAGCAGACCACACAGAAGCCUUCCAUUAUUGUGAGCAUGGUGGAAGACAACACUGGCAGCCAGGCGAUCAAGUGCGUCGGCUCGUUCAAACCGCCGGCGGGGUCGACGCAGAUCUCACCACUCAUCCUCAACAAGCAGUGUUCACCUCUGCAGAUCAUGAACAGCGAGGAGGCCAAGAAGGUGAUGACGUCAGGCGGGUACCUAAUCGUGGGCGCGACAAACGCGGCCGGCGCCACGAGCAUCACGCCGGCGCGCCGCGCCCCCGCCGUGCAGUACAUCUCCUGAGACCGGCAGCCGCACGACGACACCCAACUCAAACUGCUGCUCAACGGGUAAACAAAACCCGCAAAUUGUGAAAAGUAACCGCUGGUUGUGUGCCAUCAAUCAAAGUAGGAAGUGGACACGAUCGGCGCUCAUUUCCGUGUUGUAUAAAGUAUCGGGAAAAUAGUGAAAUGCUAGCGAAUACGCUUUUUUGUCAAAACAAACGUUUUGACGAACGUAAAACCGCAAUGUAGUACAGGCGUGUUCAUAUUUAGUGAUAAUUUACUAUGAACGGACUAGUCACCAGCUAGAUUUCUGUUUCAAUGUUGAUGUCUAAUGAUGAAUAAUUUUUCGUUUGAGUGUUGUUGACAUUGGCAGUCUGAAAGUAGAGAAACGACCGCUUGGCGUGGUCACGCAUUGUUGAUAAUAGUUUGUGAUGUUAAAUCUUUCAAACAUAUGGCUUACACUUAUUCAGCCUGAAGUUUUCAAUACAGUUAUCACAAUGCAUAAGCGAUAAUGGCCCCGACUCCUGCAGACACUUCUUAAUUUUAUUUUAAGUUAUAUCCGUCAUUUUCUUAUCCACCGAAAAGGAAAGGGACGGAUGAUUGUUAACAAGUUAAUUUUAAAACGAAUAAAUUACCCGGGCGAAGGCGAAUAAAAUAGGCAUCUCGCUGGUAUGCUAUCCGUUUGACGUGCUGUCUACUUUGUCGGGUUAUUGGCCGAUGUAAAUUUUUUAUACGGUUGUUUUAGAUUUCUGCUUAAAAUUGACGUGUGUUCCAUAAAUUUUAUGCCUGUCGAUUACCCGUCCCUUUCUUUUUCAGCGGAUAAGAAAAUGACAGGUAUAACUUAAAGUAAAAUUAGAUGGCGUCUGCAGGAAUUAGCACCAAUAUGAAUACAUUUAGUCCUGUUUUUGGCAAUGCCUUCUAUAACCGAUACCAUAAAACUGUAAUUACUGUCGAUAACUCCAAGCAAUAACCCUGACACCAGGGUUCGUGAGGUUGGUCAUCGACCUUACAAGCCACACGGAAGGAGAUUCUAAGCAGUUGUAAGUCUGUCCGUCAUAAUAAUUACAAUGAAAUGAAUUGUGUUUGUGAUGGUAAUACUUAGUUUGUCUGUAAAUAUUAAAUUAAUUAGCAAGUAAUUUUACUUAACCCUUGUAUACUUUAAAUAUUUGAAUGUCUGAGGAUUGGCUGUUCUUAGUAGGUUGCUGUGGUUGCGGACAGUUAGUGUAAGGGUGUUUACACACUACUCCAAUUCAUAUCCGGUCCGAGUAGAAUGGCUGUAGAACUAUUUGUAUGGUAGUUUGCGCACUACAUCUAUCAGAUAUCUCAUAGUAAUUUUCUACUGCCUGUCUUUCUUGGACUCGGGUCGGAGAAUUUCGUUGCUAUUUGACCCUACACGUUGCCAUAUUCAGAGUGCGUCUCCUGAAAAUAUAGACAAGUCUGACAUUUAACGAGUUGAUAACACCGCUUGUAUAUCGAUAGAGGGUUCGCAACUCAUGUAAGCUACGGGAUACGUAGAGACUAAAGUAUAUGUAUGUAUAUAUUCAUACGCCGUUCAUGAUAAUCACUAGCUAUUAAUCGUGACUGUUCAUUAUUACAUUUUCCAUAAGUUUAAUAAUAUUCGCAAUUUGUUUAUGGUAAAGCUAGUGAGUAGAUAUUUUGGUUUAUCCAAGUGUACCAUUGGUAUGUGAUUUUACGUAUUAUUUUAAAUAAUUUUAAGACUGCUAUUUUAAGUUACUCAAGAUGUAUGUAUUUUAGUUAAAAAAUAAUAUUCUUUUUUCUUUAUUAAGACAGAACGAACGCGAUCUGCAGCAUGAAUGAAAUUAUAUAAUCGUGGUUAUGUUUUUGUUUCAUCCAAUUUUUGUUAUUUAAGCUAUUUGUUUGUUAAACUUACAUAAUGGAGGUAUGUCUUUGAAUAGACGAUGAAGAAACCACGAUAUUAUGUCUUGAAAACUAUUUUUCAUUGUAAGAAAGAAAUUGGACUUUCACUAUCGAUUGUGCAAAGUUGCGCUGUAUGGUUUUGUACAUAGUGUCUAUUUUUAUCAGUACAGUUAAAAGCUUCUAGUACAAUAAGGUACGGAAUUUAGUUUCAUUAAAUAAAUGGUCGGAGUCAAACCAUAACAAA